CCUCGCCCGCUGCUGUCUCGUGCUUAUCCGUAGCCGCCUCACUCUGAUUGCUCAAUGCCUCCCCGCUCGCCCAGCGACUCUGCGAAAGCCACGAUUGCACGUCGUGCUGGCUCGCUCCACCGAUCCUCAUCCACCGACAACUAUCGUGAGUCCGCGCUGGGUGUCUUCGUGCUCCUCCUUGGGCUCCGCAUCGCGAACGCUUUGACGCUACGCACCUUCUUCCAGCCCGAUGAGUACUUCCAAUCCCUUGAGCCAGCAUGGCAGCUUGCCUUUGGUCAGGACAGUAAGGCCUGGAUUACAUGGGAGUGGAGAACCCAAUUGCGGACAUCGCUGCAUCCAGCACUAUUUGCGGGUGUUUAUCAGGUGGCGGCAAAACUGACACAUCUCUGUGGCUUCGGUCUGCUCAUUGAGGCCGAGUUUUUCAUUGCUGCACCAAAGGUUGCGCAAGCUCUAUUUGCAGCGCUGCUUGACUUUUACACGUGGAAGCUCGCAGAAGCCGUAUACGGCAGAGGAAGUCGCACUGCAUUCACCGCUCUUGCGUUGUCCAUUUGCAGUCCGUGGCAGUGGUUCUGCUCAACCCGGACAUUGUCCAAUUGCCUUGAAACGACCCUCACCUCGAUUGCCGUCUAUUAUUGGCCUUGGCACUGGCCUGAUCCACCCAAGUCUGCGUCCUCGGCCGCAAGAGAUAGGGAAUUUCAGGAUCAGGACAAGCAGAUUGCGGGAAAGCUGCGUCUGUCACUGCUCCUGGCAGCUUUCGCUUGCAUUCUAAGACCAACCAAUCUUCUCAUCUGGUUAACCGUAACUCUUCCCACACUAUGGCAAACCUCAACUCGAGAGCGGUACAAAUUGGUCCGCGAAAUUUUAUUUUGCGGAUCUGCUGUGUUCGUGUGCUCACUUCUCUCCGAUAAACUUUACUACCAGGUCUGGACCCUCCCACCACUCCGGUUCCUCUAUUUCAACAUUGCCCAAUCACUCGCCGUAUUCUAUGGCAGGAAUCGCGCGGACUACUAUCUGACUGAAGGGCUACCCCUUCUAUUAACUACCGCGCUACCCUUUGCUAUCGUAGGAUUUUGGCAAGCACUGCGAGGGCAAUCCACGCGAGCGUUAAAAUCGCCAAUUAAGGACGCCGUUCCCUGCAGGAUCCCAGGACGCCUUGCAUGGAUGGUCAUCACCAUGACCUUGUCUCUGAGCAUGAUUUCCCACAAGGAAGUCCGCUUUCUGUACCCUGUUCUCCCUUUCCUUCACAUUCUAUCCGCGCGGCCGCUGUGCUCUUUCUUCUCGCCUCUCACACCAUCCCGCCAGGCGAUCCUCACAUUAGCCUUACUCAUUAACGUGCUCAUUGCCGGGUAUACGUCUCAAGUACAUCAACGCGGGGUAAUUGACGUCCUGUCUUACCUUCGAUAUAAACAUGAAGCGCGCGAUGAUGCUAGGAAUACAGCCACAACUGUGGGCUUUCUCAUGCCCUGUCACAGCACGCCGUGGCGAAGCCACCUUGUCCAUCCCCGCAUCGACGCGUGGGCCUUGUCGUGCGAACCCCCACUCGAUAUCCCCUUGAGUCAGAGAGCCCAAUAUCUCGAUGAGGCAGAUCAGUUCUACAUCAAACCGGGUCCGGCUAAGUGGUUAGAUGAACACAUGAAGGAUUUGCAGAGCAUCAGUAGCAGUGGGUCGAGAACUGGGAGACAUUGGGCAGUGUUGGAUCCUGCAUUGAAGCAGGAGGGGAAGAGAGCUUGGCCACAGAAUUUGGUUUUCUUUGAGCAGUUGGAGCCGAUUUUGAAGGAGGUUUUAGCGGAGACGAGGUACAAGGAAUGCUGGAGAGGAUUCAACACGCAUUUUCAUGAUGAUUCGAGAAGGAAAGGCGAUGUUAUUGUUUGGUGCUUGGACGGGUGAUGAGGUCGAGCAAAUGGGGUGAAGGGAUUGCUGCCUCCAUAUCGGUAGGAGAUUAUCAGCC